AUCCGCCAUCUGGUAACACUUCUACCGGCGGCGUCACUUGCAGUUUUUCUAUUCGCGAAAUUCGCAAUUUUCUUGCCAAAAAUACGAAACGGAAAACGGGCAAAAGUUAAAAUGGCAGCAGCUAUCGACGGUGUUUUUCCGAGCACUUUGCAGGAACUUGUAAGGAAGUCAAAGUUACUGGUGGUGGGAGCCGGUGGAAUUGGCUGCGAGGUUCUCAAAAACCUUGUGCUUAGCGGCUUUUCAGAUAUCGAAAUUAUUGAUCUGGACACCAUAGAUCUGAGUAACUUAAACCGACAGUUUCUCUUUCAUCGCGAGCACGUCGGGAAAUCAAAGGCGCGGGUUGCAAGGGAAAGCGCACUGAGCUUCAAUCCAGAUGCUAAGAUAACCGCUUACCAUGACAGCGUUACUUCAACCGAUUACGGCGUGAACUUUUUCAAGAAGUUCGACGUGGUUCUAAGUGCCUUGGACAACAGGGCGGCCAGGAACCAUGUGAAUCGGAUGUGUCUAAAUGCGGAUGUCCCGUUAAUCGAGAGCGGUACAGCCGGUUAUAAUGGACAGGUGGAGCUGAUUAAGCGCGGACUUACACAGUGCUACGAAUGCACUCCAAAGGACAAACAGCGAAGUUUUCCUGGAUGCACCAUCCGCAACACGCCCUCCGAACCGAUUCACUGCAUCGUCUGGGCUAAACAUCUCUUCAAUCAACUCUUUGGUGAGUCUCUUGAAGAUGAGGACAUUUCUCCUGAUGCAGCUGACCCCGAUGCUAAAGAGAAAGAUGGUGCCGAAGGAGAUGGUAGGUCCAAUGCCGAUGAAAAGGAAAAAGAUAUAGACGAGGAGUCUAGGAAGGAAAGAGAGGCCAACGAGGAUACGGCCAACGGCAAUGUAGUGAGGAUCAACACUCGCCAGUGGGCCAAAGACUGCAACUACGAUGCCGGCAAGCUGUUUAACAAGUUCUUUAACGAGGACAUAACCUACUUGUUGCGUAUGUCGAAUCUCUGGAAGACGCGUAAAGCGCCAGUUCCCGUACAGUGGGACACCUUGCUUCCUAAGGAUUCCUCCGAGAACCAGAAGGAUGUGGCCAAGCAACAUCACAAGGUCUGGUCAAUCGAGGAGUGCGCUCAGGUAUUUGCUAAUGCUUUAAAGGAGUUAAGUGUAACCUUCCUGAAACUCGAAGGAGACGAUACCCUAACUUGGGAUAAGGACGACCAGCCCGCCAUGGAUUUUGUGGCCGCCUGCGCCAACGUGCGAUCUCAUAUUUUUAAUAUUGAACGCAAAUCGAGGUUCGAAAUCAAGUCGAUGGCGGGUAAUAUUAUUCCGGCUAUUGCCACCACCAAUGCAAUUACAGCGGGCAUUUCGGUGAUGCGAGCUUUUAAAGUUCUUGAGGCCAAGUGGGAGCAGUGCAAGGCUGUCUAUGCUCGUCUCAGGCCAAACGCACGUAAUCACUUCCUUGUGCCAGAUGCCUCUUUACCGGGUCCCAAUCCCAACUGCUAUGUGUGCGCUAGCGAUCCUGCUAUCACUCUUAAGAUUGAUACGAAACGCAUGCGUAUAAAAGAACUCCGCGACGAGGUCCUGGUAAAGACCCUCAACAUGCUGAAUCCGGAUGUUACUGUGCAGAGCACUGGCUCCAUUUUGAUAUCAUCUGAGGAGGGCGAAACCGAAUGUAACGAGGGAAAGAUUCUGAGUGAAUUGAACAUUGUAGAUGGUGUGAUCCUCAAGUGUGACGACUUUUUCCAGAACUAUGAACUGAGUAUUAUAAUUUCUCACUUCGAUGCGGAGCGGGAUGAGUCCUUGUUCGAAGUUGUGGCUGAUGCCGAGCAGCUGAAACCGAAGGAGGAGGAUAAGAAAAAUGAUGUCGAGGAAGAAAAGGAAAAUGAACAGAAAACAGCUAAGAAGCGCGCUGCCAAUGGCGAAGGUGACUCAAAGGACGAUGGUCCCUCUACCUCAAAGCGCAGUCGCCCCACUGAAGUGGAUGAGGAGGAUGAUGAUGAUUGUCUGGUGAUCGAGGAGGACGAGGAUGUAGAGGAGGUCGUUGCCGUGGCCACCGACAAACUCUCAGUGCAGAGCCCGCCAAAGUCAAGCGCCAAGCGCAAACCCAUUGAAGUUACCGAGGAUGAAGACAUUACGGAGAUCUUGGAUUCUUCAGACGAUGAGCCCGACGGACCCACCAAGAGCAAGCGAUCUCGUCUGGAUGACUCAUUGUCCAAUCCCGUAGAAGUCAUCAGUAUCGAUUAAUCGCGACAAGAAAAAACUAUUCACUAUUUAUACACUAAAAUAUUUCCUGAAUUCCUUUUAAUAAAAAACAUUUGGAAAGUAAA